UGACGCCGGGGCGGCGGCCGCGUCCGAGGAGCCGGCGGGUGGCGGCGCAAUGCUGCAGCUGCGGGAUACGGUGGACUCGGCGGGCACGAGCCCCACGGCGCUGCUGGCGGCCGGCGAGGACGCGGGCGCGGGCCGGCCGGGGGCGGGCACGCCGCUGCGCCAGACACUGUGGCCACUGAGCGUCCAUGACCCUACACGCCGCGCCCGAGUCAAGGAGUACUUCGUGUUCCGGCCCGGCACGAUAGAGCAGGCGGUGGAGGAGAUCCGCGCCGUGGUCCGGCCUGUGGAGGACGGCGAGAUCCAGGGGGUGUGGCUGCUGACCGAGGUGGACCACUGGAACAACGAGAAGGAGCGGCUGGUGCUGGUCACCGACCAGUCACUGCUCAUCUGCAAAUAUGACUUCAUCAGCCUUCAGUGCCAGCAGGUGGUCCGGGUGGCACUUAGCGCGGUAGACACCAUCUCCUAUGGAGAAUUCCAGUUUCCUCCCAAGUCGCUCAACAAGCGAGAAGGCUUUGGGGUUCGCAUUCAGUGGGACAAGCAGAGCCGCCCUUCUUUCAUCAACAGAUGGAACCCCUGGUCUACAAACAUGCCCUAUGCCACCUUCAUAGAACACCCGAUGGCUGGCAUGGAUGAGAAGACAGCGUCUCUGUGCCACUUGGAAAGCUUCAAGGCUCUUGUAAUUCAAGCUGUCAAGAAAGCCCAGAAGGAAAGCCCCCUGCCCGGACAGAUGAAUAACGUGCUGGUGCUGGAGCGCCCUCUCCUCAUCGAGACCUACGUGGGGCUGAUGUCCUUCAUUAACAACGAAGCCAAAUUGGGCUACUCCAUGACCAGGGGCAAGAUAGGCUUCUAGAGAGCUGCAUCGUAGGAAACUAAAGUGGCGGGGACUCUACACGUCACCUCACGCCACCCACAGUGGCUGGAGGGAAGAAGGGCAUCGCCCUUGUAUGUACCUGAUUAGAAUAGUGACAUUAAUUAUAUAUAUUUACUAGGAUAUUGACGCCUUGACAACAUGAUCUGUAAAGGCAGAAGGACUGCUGUCCCACGCCAGUGUUUCUUCUGUAACUCCACUCUCGUUUUCUCCAGUGUCCCUUGUCCCGCCCACAUCUGCUGGGACACAGGGUGGAGCCCAGUGACUGGCCAGUACACAUGCGUUCACAUUCCCUGUCAAGGCUUGUAUUGUGAAACUCAGCUUAUUUUUUAAAAGAGCCGAACACAACAGCAGCCAGCGGACUGGUCACCAACAGUCUGCCGAGAGCUCCUAGUGAAUGUGUCUGACUUAAAGCUACACUUUGUAAGCUAAUUUAAGUGGUGUUAAUACAAUAAUUUUCCUAGGCCAGUCUCAUGAUCCAGCCCCUCCCGGAAGUCACAGUGGCGGGUUUCUAUCAUCCUGUCUCUGUUUAAAAGGGACUGAAUACCUUGGUUUAAGAAGUGCAUGUUUAUAAGUAAACAGACAAGCCUCCUGGAACCCCACCAACUGAGCGUUGGGCUUUGGCACGCCAGCUACCCACAGCUUGUCCCUAUGGCUCUAGCACCUGUCAGUCUACUAUAGAUGUUGGCCUGUCACUUUAUUACCUCUGCCACAGCUUUAAGUUAACCAGCAUGGAUGUGACCAGAAUGUCAUGGCCUGUUCAAGAGGAAGGUGACCUCAGAUGCACCUAGUCUUCAGCCUGUGCUUUUGGUCUUGUAGUAAAGACAUUUAAAAUCAAA